UUCAGUUAAAUUCUCAUCAAAAUCCAGUUCAUUUAAAAACCCUAAUCCAGCGAUACAAUUAGUUUGAGGCUUUGAGCCCAAACCCAACCCAAUACCCAUAAAAAGGCUGGCCUUGAUUCACCCUGUCAGGUUUUCGUCCAAGAAAUCUCUUGCUGCCUCUGCUGAAAGCCUGAAACUAGUGAUGGAGCAUGUCGUUUUACCUCAGACGAGCGCCGGCAGUCACCCAAUUUCUCUUUUCAAAAUCCUAUUUCAAGCACCGAGCUAUUGCUACGCUGCGGGAUUUGAAACCAUUCAACUUAAAGAUCUCAAAUUUCAUGAGAAAUGGCCUUAUUGGAGAAGCCGAGGAACUGUUCGAUGAAAUGCCUCAUAAGAGCAUAGUCACGUACAAUGCUAUGAUUAAGGGGUAUUUUCAGAAUGGGUUUUAUGAGAAGGCUAUGUGCUUGUAUAAAGAAAUGCCGGUUCGUGAUACGUUUUCAUAUAAUACAAUGAUAUUUGGGUUAAUGCAGUACGGGGAUGUUGAAGGGGCUGAAGAGGUGUUCGGGAGCAUGGGGUAUAGAGAUAUUGUGACUUGGAAUUCGAUGAUUUCAGGGUAUGUUGAUAAUGGAUUGGUUGGUGAUGCGGUUAGGAUGUUUAAUGCAAUGCCCUUGAAAGAUGUAGUUUCCUGGAAUUUGGUUAUUGCGGGUUUCGUGGAGGUUGGGGAGUUUGAUAAGGCUGAGGAGUUGUUCAGAGGAAUGGGCGUACGGGAUGUUGCGUCCUGGACAAUUAUGAUUAAGGCGUAUCUGGGUGCUGGACGAAUUGUUGAAGCUAGGGAGAUCUUUGAUUAUAUGCCGGUAAAGGACAUUCAAGCUUGGAAUACGAUGAUUAGUGGUUAUGUUGAAAAUAAAUUUGUUGAAAUUGCGGAAAGCUUGUUUCAUAAGAUGCCUGAAAAGGAUUGGAACUCAUGGAGUGUAGUGAUAGAUGGGUUUGUGAGUAUAGGAAGGACUAAUGAAGCCUUGAGGCUUUUUAACGAGAUGCCUCAGAAGCUCCAGAAGUCAUGGAAUUCUAUCAUUUGGGGAUUUGUCAAGAAGGGUUUAGUGGGAGAAGCUCAUGCAAUUUUAGAGAAAAACCCAUUCAGUGGUACUGUAUCAUGGACAAACGUCAUGAUUGGCUACUUCAAUAUGGGAGCGGUAGAGAAUGCCAUGAAAGUUUUUGAAUUGAUGGCUGCUUGUGAUACAACUGCAUGGAAUGUUGCCAUAUUUGGAUUGGGGGAAAACGAUCACAUUGAGGAUGGUAUAAAAUUGUUUAUCAAAAUGAAAGAAUAUGAUCUGCCCAUGGAUGAAGCUACAUUCACAAGUUUUCUCACUUUAUGUUCGAAUUUGCCUUCCUUAAACCUCGGAAAACAAAUUCAUGCAGAAGCUAUUAAGGUGGGAAUUGACUGCUUUACUUCUAUUGGUAAUGCAUUUGUUACAAUGUACUCUCGAUGUGGUAAUAUGGACUCUGCAUUACUUCAAUUUAAUUCCAUGACCUGCCAUGAUAUAAUUUCUUGGAACUCUAUAAUAUGCGGAUUGGCUCAUCAUGGGCAUGGUGGAAAAGCUAUAGAGAUGUUUGAAAGGAUGAGACUAUCAAGCGCGAAGCCUAAUCAAAUAACUUUUGUCGGUGUCCUUUCUGCCUGUAGCCAUGCAGGACUUGUGGAACGUGGAAAAUAUUACUUCAAUGCUAUGCAAAAUGAAUAUUUUCUUGAGUUGACAAACGAGCAUUAUACCUGUAUGAUUGAUCUGUUGGGAAGAUUCGGACUCAUUGAUGAGGCGAUGAAUCUUUUGAAUAAAAUGAGUAUAGAUGGACUAGAAGUUCAUGCAAGUGUUUGGGGAGCACUACUUGGAGCAUGUAGAAUGCACAAGAACCUUUUGGUGGCGGAGAUUGCUGGAAAGAAGAUUUUGGAGUUAGAACCUUCUAACUCAGGUGUGUAUAUGAUUCUUGCUGAAAUAUAUCUGGCUAGCGGGAGGAGAGAAGAAGCCUAUAGCAUGUGGAUUCGCAUGAAAGAGAAGGGUGUGAAAAAACAACCUGGCUGUAGUUGGAUUGAGUCAAGCAUUGGCGGAAAAGUAUUUUUGGCGGGAGAUAAAACACAUCCUGAAUUUAAGAGUAUCUCUGGUGCAUUGAGCUUGAUUUAUCAGGAAAUGGACAUAAAAAAUACCAUGCUAAAUAUUGCUUCAUCCUAUGAAGCUAUUGAAGAAGUGUAUAGUUAAUAUUGUAAGAACUGUUGCUUAAACUAUGUCGUAAAUUCCGUGUGUUCAAGGGCAAAAAAUAUGUACUGGGUAAGAAAUGGCCCUCUUGUGGACUUGGUGCAGAUGUCUACCAACGAGAGUCGAAGUCUUCAGAGAAAUGUUUAGACUAUCAAUAGAAAUGGGAAACGAGUGCUGAUUUUCCUUGUGCAGAGAUAUAGGAAUCAUGGAAGAGUUUUGUUGUUGUCGUGGGGUGUGUGUAUUGUUCUCUUUUUCUUUCGGAAUGUGCACUCACACAAAGGUAUGUGGAAAAUACGACCUUGUCUAAUAUGAUCUCAGGGCUGUAAAACUAUUUGUUCUAAUAGGUAGAUGAUGCUCGAAAAUGAGGCCUUCUUCCCCUUGCACCGCGUAUCAAAUGUCACUCAUCGGAUUUUGAUUUAUGUAGUUGACAGGUUAUGAUUACCAACAGAGUAACAGUGUUUAUUUAUUCCACAUCGCGCCACAGAAUAUACCACAACUGCUUUAGCAGCUACUGAUAAACACUACAUAUUAAUCUCUCGGAUGAGCACACACAUUCAUCCCCGGAAUGUAUGUUAUCAUAGCACACUUGGUUCCACAACGAGGAUCGGUACAGUCAUGAUCGGUGUCACAAUAAUUGGACAGACACAGAUCUAACGAUUUUGGAUGUCGUUACUGUGACAUCGAUAGAGAGUGGCAGACACUCACGAUAGGCGAAUAACAUACCAGAUGUAGUGACCAGAAGUAGAGCUAAGAAGAUAAAUUUUGGUAUAGUGCUAUUCUCCAUGCUUAGUUUUGAUUGAAACUGAUAAGAGACGAAUGACCA